AUGGUGGUGUUCUCUAGAAGCCUUUAUGUUCCGACAGACGCUGAUCCAACAGAAUCAUUACUGCAAGUGCUUCCACCCAGCGAUGCAUUGCUGAGGGAAUGUAAAAAGGCUUUGUCCGUGAAUGAAUCGGCUCCAAAGUGGAUUCGAGAUGCAGCGGAGAGAACGUCAUCACUUUUGAAAUCGAACCUGAAGGCCAAGAGUGACGAAAAGGAAAGAAGAAAGAACAUCAUACUGAGUUUUCCUGAAACAAAUCCUAUCUUCGUGAACAGACCUCAACAGGACGAUGGGAUGGAUUGUGUCAUGGCUCAUUGA